AUGGAGGACGCAGAGGCGCGCAUAUCUCGCCUGCGCGGCAUGCGCGAGUCCGCGGCGCAGCAGCAGGCGGCGUCCCCCGCGCCCGUGCCUUCUGCCGCGCUCUCCGCACUCCCUUCCCCCGAUUUCUCCGCCGCCGGCGCUUAUCCGCAUGCAUCCGCGCCGGCGCUAACCGGGGAAGGCGGACAUGGGGAAGGUAGAUCUGCGAGACGGCCAGCAGGGGCAGCAGGAGGUUCGGGGGGAUUUUCAUUCUACACGGAUCCUAUGGCAGCGUACCAGCAGCAGCCACGUGUAGGGCCGGGAUUGGGCCCGCCUGCCACGCGGACUCCUUCCCCGCGCUUGCCUUCCUCGCAUCUUCCCCCCUCCCCUGUUCCUUCCCCCGCUGGCUCCGCCGGCCACUUGCCUUACGCAAACCAGCACCCCAUUCCGCCCAGCUACACCCCUCCCCCGGGCCAAUCCCCUCUUCCCGCGCACACCCCCCUUCCGCCCGCCUACACCCCGCCCCCCAGCUACACCCCUCCGCCCAGUUACACCCCUCCGCCUGGCCACGCCCCCCUUCCACCUUCCGCGGGUCCCCCAAGCGGGGGACCAUUCAGCGCGCCCAUCCUCCGGCAUCCCCCCCCGGGUGGCGGAAUGGGGGUGGCGUUUUCCCCCCUGCCCGCGCCCAUGCGCCAGGCUACCCCUCCCUCCGCGCCCCUGUACCAGUCAACACCUCCCCCGGGUAUGACCCCCCCUGGCGUGCCUGGUGGUGCAGCAGGUGUCGCCUCCCCCAUGCACCUCCCGCCUGCCUCGUGGGGGGGUCCUCCUGGCGCAGGCGAUCAGAGUUACGCUGGGUCGGGUUACCAGCAACAGGGUUACCAGCAACAGGGUUACCAGCCACAGCGUUACCAGCAGCAGGGUUACCAGCAGCAGGUGGGCAAAGGUCGCGAUUCAAGCAGCCGCAGUAGUUCUAUUAGCGCCAGCGCUAUAGUAAGCAAAGGCAGCGCGCUGUUUCGCGACGGCGGCUCGCUGCAAUCGCACAUGGCCGCAGCCCUUUUGAACGGAAUGCGCGCCGCUGCGCCGCUAGUAGCGGGAGGGUUGGCACAGGCGCAGCCCGCGCAGCAGCAAAACCGCCGCCCGGAGAAGCCUUUGAAGGCGGAGGAGCGGAGAAAUGCGGUGACGGGAAGUGGCGGAAGAAAUGGGGGGAAGAAUGGCGGGUUGAAGCGAGGCAACAGCGGCAGCAGAAAAGAAAAUGUUCGAUUUUCAAAUCAGGAUUCCCCUCCCUCCUCUCCUUCCUCGCCCUCCUCGCCCUCCUCUCCUUCCCUCUCCUCGCUCUCUCCUUCCUCGUGGAUUCCUCUCCCCCUCUCCUAUCAAACCCCUUCCUCUCCUGCCACCUCACCAUUCCAACUCCUCACUCAGUUCAGACUCUUCUCGGGCAGCAAUAACUUUCACCAUGCUGCCCGCACUGUUCAGCCUAAUGACACUGUUCAUCCGGGCGGCAUCUGGGGGAGGCUGGCGCAGGGAGGCUGGUGGCCAGCAGGGGAGCAGGCAGAGGAGGUGGAGCUAUCCGGAGUGCACAAGCUGGGCCUGUGGACGACAGUAGAGCCCUGCAUCCGAGCAUCUCGGCAGCAUCUGGGGGAGGUACAUCUGAGGGUAGUGCGCUGCCUCGUGCUGCCCCUUCCAUCACUCUCCUCCCCCUCGCCCACCUCCUCUCAGCCCUCCUUCUCCGCCUCCUCCGCCUCCUCCUCCUCCUCCUCCUCCUCCUCCUCCUCCUCCUCCUCCUCCUCCUCCUCCUCCUCCUCCUCCCGUCUCGCAGCGCCGUGCCAGCUGGCACUGACAGCUGUCUCCGACACGAGGAGCCGGGCCGUGGGCACAGCAGAGGUGCUCAUAGGUGAUCGCCGGGAAGGCCACUCUUUGAGCGCUGCCGUGACCUGUGACCUCUCGCAUUUACUCUCUCUUGAUGCUGCCACAUCGCACCGCCUCUCCCGUGCAGCGUGGCUCUACACGCGAGUCACAGCACACAGCAAGCAGCCCGACCGAACACGAGUUCUGCUGCAGUGGGUGCUUCGACCGACUCCCCGCCACACAUUCUCGCCCCUCCUCGCCCUCUCGCCCGCCCGUCCUGCUCAAGCUGUGCUCACGUGGAAGACCCAGAGCGUGCCUGCUGCAG